UGACCCAUUACAGCCUCAAGCUGGUUUGUCAAAGUAUUGAUGCGGUGGUUUGAAUCACGUUUGAAUUGCAGAAUUGAGUGCGGAGCUUUUUUUAUUCUUAAUUAUUAGCCUUAUUUUAUUUGAAUUGAUUGACGAGAGGAACGUUUGUUUAUGUGUAUAAUUAAUACCUAAGUGAAGUGUAGAAGUGUGUGAUAAUAAGUAUUGUACGUGACAAUCAUGGUGUUAGCUGAAAGAAGUAACGAUGUUCGUAAUGGGAAGCGUUCCAGAGGACCAAGCCCUAAUGGGCAUGGAAGCCCAGAUUCAAGCUCCGAAGAUGAAAAUGCAGUAGUGCCAUUUGCAGCUGAGAAAAUCAGAGUAGGCCGUGACUUCCAAGCUGUGUGCCCUGAGUUGGAGCCAGUUGAGCAAAGGAAACCAGACCAAAUAUCAGACCGGGCAUUACUUGUUUGGUCUCCAACAGCUGACAUAUCUGAUACCAAGUUGGAUGAGUACAUAACAACAGCAAAGGAAAAGUAUGGAUAUAAUGGUGAACAGGCCUUGGGUAUGCUGUUUUGGCAUAAGCAUGAUCUCAGUAGGGCAUCUAUGGACUUGGCUAACUUUACACCUUUUCCUGAUGAAUGGACAGUUGAAGAUAAGGUGCUGUUUGAGCAAGCAUUCCAGUUUCAUGGAAAGAGUUUUCAUCGUAUACGACAGAUGCUGCCAGAUAAGUCAAUAGCGUCACUGGUGAAAUAUUAUUACUCAUGGAAGAAAACGCGCGCUAGAACUUCAUUAAUGGAUGUAGUCAGUGAAGGCCGUAACGCUUCAGCUUCUGGUACAGCUAAGAAGGAUUCUCCAGCUGCUUCCGAACCAGGUGGUUCAGACAAGGAUUCAGACAAUGAUGAAAAGAAGUGGACUUACCAUCGUGGUAUUGUCCGUGGAAGCAAGCCAACUACGGCCGCCGGGCCCUCACUUCGCGCCGGCCAAGCCGAGGGCGACGGCGGUGAGGCAGGCAAAUGGUGCACAGUGUGCGGGAUACUAUGCACCCAGACAACGCAACACAACUCCCAGAAACUUUGCCAGGCAUGCCUCGUGCACGCCAGACGCACGGGCAGUAUGCGACCGCUGUGUGGGCCGAGCGGGCGACGCGGGCCCGGCUUUAAACAGGUGCGGUACAAGCAUCGCUUGCCUCGUGGUAUUUACAUCAACCACGAUGAUCUGGUUGCCAUGGCGACCGGCCCUCAGCCCGGGGACGCCGCCCAACCGGGGCUCGUAAACCAGGGCGAAGCUAUGCUCAAAGCGAUGGAUAGAGAAAUUAUAUCCUACAAACGACAAGUUCAGCAAAAUAAGCAACAGUUAAGCGCGAUAAAACGUAAAGUUGGCGAUUUGGGAGUGGAGGAAUACAGGCCUGGUGAACCACCGGCUAAGAUUAACUCUCGUUGGACCAAUGAGGAGUUGCUAAUGGCUGUAACAGCUGUGCGGAAAUAUGGUAAAGACUUCCAAGCCAUUGCUGAAACGCUAGGUACCAAAACAGAGGCCCAUGUGCGCACAUUCUUCGUUUCAUAUAGACGUCGUUACAAUCUGGAUGCUGUACUGCGGGAACACGAAGCUGACCGCGGAAAUGCUAAUCAUAUACAGCCAGGUACCACAAGCACAGAAGCAGCCGAGAAUAAUGAGAGUAACGCUAAUGGAAGUAGCAGUUCGGUUAAGACCUCUGCUAGUAAGGAUGAAAAAACGGAAGUGGACAGCGAGGGUGUCUCCAUCGGCGCAUCAGCAGAGCAGGGCGGGGCGCCCACCACGCCCCCCAAACAAAAAACUAGCAAGUGAUGAGCUGAAUAAAUCAAGAGUGGUGAACCGCACUACACAAAUUUAUCACAAUCGCAAAUUAUUAAAUCUAUUAUUAAUUUCAUCUCAUAUCUCGAAAUAUUUUUAAGCAAAUAACCUUGGUUUAAAUUAGUUGUAAUAUAUUAAAACGGUAUUCCAAAAUGUAAUUAGUGCAACAUUCAAUCCAUUUUGUCUAUGAACAAUUUUUUUUUCAUUAUUGACAUUGACAGUUAUGUCUUGAGAUAUAUUUUGAUGUUUAAUAAUCAAAGUAAUGGAGUAUGUAUUUAAUUUGUAAUUAUUUUCUAAAUAAAGAAACAUUAUUUAAUGAAGGUCAAGAUUAUUUGAAUUUAGUAAUAUAUUGCGUAUUGUUUUUACGGAAAUAUUGAGGCUUCGUAUACUAUAAUAUCGCAUAUUAAAUUGUCCCAAAACAUUGAAAUUUUUCCGAUUGGAUUCAUAUUUUCGUCAAAAACUCGAACAAACAGCUUCCUUUAUAAUUUUCUAUCGAUUUAAUUGAUGUUAGUACCACGCCCCCUUCUAAUUUACUAUUUUAUUAACAUGAAAUAAAGUUAGUGUGAGCGUCGUCAUGUUAACAUUAUUAGAAAAUGUUUAACCUUAACUCAGGGGUACUUUUUGCCAUAGUAUAUUUGCUUUGGCAAAAAUUUCCAAUAUAUUUAUUGGAAAAACAAUCAAACGAAACAAAAUUGUAUACUAAAAUAAAAAUCUCAAAAUUUGAAUGAAAUAAGUUUGAUCGGUAUGUCAUUCCAAAUACCAUAUUUGGAUUUUAUUAUAUAUUCUAUAUAAUUUAAUGUUACAUAUAUACGUUUGUAAUGUUUGGUUUGCUAUAGCAGGAACAACGACGAAUAUAUAAAAGAGUUUUUUAUUCAAUAAAAAUAAAUGACUCUUUCAUAUCUCUUGUAGACGUUGGUAUAUAAAUCCAUACGGAAAAAUUUCAACCCGUUUAAGAAUACGGCACGGUAUACGGUAUAUAAAUUUGUAAAUAACUUUAAUAAAUUACUUUUAAGUAUAACUUGAAUGUAUCGAUUUAAUUACGGGCCGAUUUUAAAUUGAUUGAAAAAUAAAACUUAUUGGUAAUCUGCCAACAGAUUUUUAAGUAUCACUUAUUGAAAUAAAACAACUUUACUUGACUUACAAUUAUAAUAUUUAAUUACAAUUAUUAAUAUUACAUAUUUGACUAAAGAAUCAUUAAAAAAAAGUAAUCAAUAAGUUGGUUUUAAUUCGAUAGUGAUGUAUUUAGUAAUUCUGUUACAAUAACAUAUUGUAAAUAUUACUUGCCAUAAUGUUUUAAUAAAUAAUUAGAUUUUAGUUAAUACAAGAAAAAAUAAUUUUUGUUUACUAUGGUAACAUUUGUAUUAAUAAUUAAAUUCAAUAAAAUAAUGUAUGACUUCGAAUUAAGGUGCAUUUUAUAAUUUCUGUCUUUGUAUAAAGUUUGAGUCCUAAUUUGGUCUAGUAUAAGUAUGCCAGCUCGAUAAAAACUAUUGUUUUUGCCAUUUCCAAACCAUUGCAUAGCAAUAAAGGCUUUUCUUUAUAUCUUUAAAUCUAAACAUUCAUAAGGAAUUAUAUUCAAUAUAUUCGCCACACAAACCUACACAAAUGGAAAGAGGAAUCUUCAUCAAAAUUAAAUCAAAAUACGUUUAUUUAGUUUAGAUGCGUCUUAGGGCGUGCUUAUGAAUGUCAAGAGUUAACUUAAUUCGCGAAAGAUUCUUACGUUAUCCGUUCGCAAAACUACCAGGAGGCCUUGUUCUGUGAAGUAUGGGAAAGAAAUUCGGCGAAAACCCUCCCUCUAUAUAACAAUUUUCCUUAGGAAUUUCCUUUGGGAAAUGUCAUAACGUAAAUAAAGUGACAUAAGUAAAAAAAACUGUUCUUGUAUUCAUUAUAGAACCAAAAUUUCCGUCUUAAAAUAUUAGUAAACAUAUCAUGUAAUGAUAUGCAUGGAAAUUUGAAUGCGAAGUUGCUGAAGUGAGUGUGAAACGUAAGGAAUCGUGUUUCAUGUCAGUUAGUAUAAUUUUUGUAAUAAUUAUUAGGGCUUAUGCAUAGUACCGCAAUGGUCUUAUGAUGUAUAUAAAUAACUUAUAUAACUCACAUUAAUUAUCGUAAUGGCCUACUUAUGCUAGAUCAAUUAAAAGUUAAUUUAAAAGCUACUUAAAACUGUAAAAGUUACUUUUUAAAUAGCUGUUAAAUGGCAUGUAUUAAUAGCGGCACGAAACUCUAGCGCUGACCGUUUUUGCGCAGAAUUAAAAAAUAAGGGGGCUAGCGGAAUGAAGAGCGUCGAUUGGCUCUCCAGUCGCAUUCCGGCCCCCCACCACAGUACACAUGCGCAGCAAUGCCCUCCACGUAUCCAGCCAGCGCUAGACUUACGUGCCUAUAGUAAUACGUGUAUAUGGUAAAAUAGCAAUAACGCUGCCGCCCGUUUUACUAUAGUACAAUAUUGUCGAGUUUCAGUUAUUAUGACAUUGUAAUAAAACAUUUAUGUAGUUUGACAUUCACAAUGAGACUUUGUCGCAUAUUUUUAAUAGGACAUAUUUUUCAAAUGGCGAAUUCUGAUAUAUUAAUGUUCUAUGUAAGUGUUUUGUUAAUAUAAAUGCGGCUGUUCAAGUAUUACGUAAGCGGAUUUACUGAAAAUUAUCCCCCCCACUUUUCAGCAAAAAUAUUAGUACAUUAACGUAUUUUAUCUAGAAAUCUUCGAUUUGUAUAUGUUUGCAUGCAUUUCGUUAAGCAAGCAAGCAUAGACAAUGUGUAAUAUGUGUAAAAAAGUAAAUAAAUAUUGUUGAUGUAAUUACCUAAUAAUAGUGCUUACGAAAUACUUGAACGGCCCCAAUGAAAAAUUCCUUAUAUAAUUAAUUUUUUUGCGAUAAAUUGUUUAUAAUUGAAAAUCAGGCAUUAGACAUUGAUGUAUCGGAGUUUGUCUUUAAUAUAUAAUAACUAGUACUCGCUAACUGGUGUGCAUUAAUUAUAUAAGAUAAGCAAUGUAACCCUUAAAUUGUAAAUAUUUUAAAAGUCUUACAUAUUAUAUACUAAUUAACGUUUAAAAGUUCCAUAGAUUAGUUUCCUAAACAAUCACAGAUAAAGAGAGAUUGCGUCAUUCGUAUAGCGUUAUCUAAAAAUAAGAUAAAACUAAGUAUGUCCAAUGCUUCUAGGGUAAGUAUUCAAAUGGUUUUAUCAAUACUCGUAUAAUUAAAGAAAUAAUUACAGUAAUGUAGGAAAAUAGAUUAUUACGUACGAUAUUUUUAUACACGUAAAGAUAUCUCACUAUAGAGGAUUUAGAAUCGUGUUAAAUAUUUAAGGAUUACGGUUAGGUGUAAAAUUAUCUGAUAGAUUUUACGAGAACAUUCACUGAGCCGAAGAUGUGUUACCGAAUGCUUUGUAUAUACAAGUAGAUUAAUUGACAUGAAAUUAAAGUGCCACAAAUUCAGAUUCUCCGCAUCUUCUGUCUUGUUUUUAGGUUAUGAUUUAGUCUAAAUAUCAUAGUUCAAAAUUUCUACAGGUCUUUCAUAUAGUUAGCAAACGCUGAUUGGUCGAUCUUGUUCAAAAGGUAAAUUGUGUAAACAAGAUUUAGUAAUAAAUCACACAUGAAAUUAAAACGAUUGAAUUUUUGAAAAAGUUUUGUCAAACCAUUUUUCUUAAUGAUGUGAAAUUUAUAAUAGGACUUUAUUAAGCAAGUAAUCAAAUAUAAACUUUAGAAUCGUUUCGAAGGAUUACUAUCAGAAAUGUUACUAUUAUAUGCCAAAUGAUUUAUUUGAAUUUUGUGUACGCAAUAAUAUGAUUGAAGACCCAAUCAGCUCUCGUGAAGUAUGUCGCAAAUUUAUUACAGUUAUGUCCGCCUACUGCUAAAUUAGCAAUACAUAGCGUACCUAACUUUAUAUCCAAUUAUUUUAAGUUUAAUCGAAUAUCCAUACUAUUUUGUUUAAUGUGGGUCAUGGGUUUACUUUAUUUGUAAAUAUUUGCAAUUUUUUUACCUUUUCCUAGUUAAUUCGAUUUUCAUUUAGCCCUAUAGAGAUCCACUAUGAAGUCAUUUAUUUUUAAGGAUUAGUUCAAAAUUUAAAUUAUUAUAUUUAAACGAGAGCAAUCGUUUAGUUGUCAUUUGCUUUUUACUAAUUUCAUGUAUCUAAAUUCAGCGAGUUUGAAUUUCAGGAUAAAUAAACUAUUUAAUAAUUA